ACGGGUUGCGAUGCGUUGUAAUGCCGGCUGCGUGUGGUGUGUUUAUUCUCAUCACAGUGGCAACACCGUGAACUGAGCCACAUUUCCACAUUUUAUAUGAUAAUAAUAAUAAUAAUAAUAAUAAUAAUAAUAAUAAUAAUAAUAAUAUACCGUAACACGAUCAUUUUCAUCCAAAUUUGAAAGAUUAGGAAUGAAUCCGCCUACUUCUGACUGUCAGUACAUUUGAUCAUCUCCAGUCCAAUUGCCAAAAAGGGAAAAAGCCAAGGCUGUGAAUUAUUAUUAUUAUUAUUCAUAAUAUGAGUCAUCCUUCAGUGCGCCACAGUAUUUGUACUGUGAAUAUCUUUCUUGACAUGUGACAUUUUGUCUUUCACCGCUGUCGUCGCACCAGUAAAGCCUCAGCACACAAACAACACAACAAUUCUACUCCAAAUACUACUUCUACUUCAAAAUACUUCAUCGUCGUAUGGAUUCCCCUGCAUCAAUACCGGUUGGCACCCUUUUAAAGACACAUUUUGCUCCACUGGAGAAUCCGCUUCACCUGUCAAGAGACUGCGCGUGCGCGGUCAAGCUAGCGAGUGUUUCCUGUAAGAACGCGGAAGCGGCGUCACGCCGUGGCCAUUUUGGGUCCCAAAACAUGCUAGUAAAUGUAACGUAUUUGCUCGAUUGUGUCAUUUAAAACUAAUACGUGUUUAUUUAGUUUGUUUCGCUUGAUUUACUAAUACAAUGUACGUAGAUAAAACGUGUAACAAGCAGGAAUGGGAGUAAAUUAGUUUUAUUUUGAAACAACAUCCGGAAGUGGUGUUUGGUGGCUGCUCAGGGAGUGAAAGGAAGACCCCCCCCCCCAGUCUCGGAAAGCUAGUAGCUGGUGUAUAAAGCUGCAGAGAUGCUCUGCGUAGAAAACAUGCCAGAGGCGGUGGACUCCUGCGGGGAAAGUCGUCAUUAAAUGGAUACCGCCGUGUGACAUGCACCGAGACGCCGACCGAGGCCGUUUCCGCUGCGCAUUUCGGAGCUAAACCCCCCCACCCCCCACUCAUAGUGCCAGGGUAGCGCGGGUCUCGGCGCAUCGAUCCAGGACGCACUCCUCGGGAGGGGUCUCGUCAUGGGGAACGAGGCGAGCCUGGAAGGCGGCGAGGGCCCGCUCUCAGGGCUUCCCGAGGGGCUGGCACCCGACGGGGCCGGGGGUUUCGUGAGGGUCCCGGGCGGAGCUCCGGUGGACUUGGCGGAGCUGAGCGAGGAGCAGCGGAAGCAGCUCGCCGCGGUGAUGUCAAGGGCGCAGGGCAGGCAGCCCGGGGGUGCAACGGCAGUACGAAGACCGUCGGAAUCUGGUGUCCAGCAGCGACCCCAGCAGACAGGGGCCUCCAGGGGCCCGACUGGCCUCAGUAAGAGUCGCACCGUAGACGCCUUCAACCAGAGCCCCCCCGGCAGGCCGGCGACAGGCCGCAGCCCCUCGUCGCUCAAUCUCUUCGAUUCCCGAUCCCGGCAGGAGCCUAAGGAGUCUGAGAGCAAGCGGUCCGGCAUGUUUGGUUCCAGCUUCCUCAGCGGGGCCAACCCCCUCAGCGCCGUGUCGUCCAUGACCUCCUCCGUGUCCUCCUCCAUCUCCUCCAUGGGCGACGCCGUCAAUAUCCCCAAGUUUGGACUGUUUGGCGACGAGGAGGAAGGAGCUGAGUCUGGCCAAGCAGGGAAACCACAAGGCAAGGGUCCUCAACAAGGUUCAGGUCCAAAGGGGCAACAACAACAACAACAACAAGGGGCUCCUCAGAAACAGGGUCAAGGCCCUCCUAGACAGGGGCCUAAGCAAGGGCAAGGACCACAAGGCCAGGGGCCCAAAUCUGCUCAGGGACCUCCUGGCCAGGCCCCCAGGGAAGGCCAGGGGCAGCCAGGACUAGGGCCUUCAGGGCAGCAGGCACCUAAACCAGGUCAAGGCCCACCAGGACAACAGGGACCUAGACAAGGUCAAGGCCCACCAGGUCUACAAGAACCCAAACAAGGCCAAGGCCCACCAGGUCAGCAAGGACCCAAACAAGGGCAAGGCCCACCAGGUCAGGAAGGAGCCAGACCAGGCCAAGGCCCACCAGGUCAGCAAGGACCCAAACAAGGCCAAGGCCCACCGGGUCAGCAAGGACCCAAACAAGGCCAAACCCCACCAGGACAGCAAGGACCCAGACCAGGCCAAGGUCCACCAGGUCCAAGUGUUAAACAGACACAAGGCGGAGAACCUGCAAAGCCUGGACCUAAACAGCAAGGACCAUCAGGCCCAGGCGCUCAUCCCGGAGAGCCGGCCAAGAGUCAGCCGGGGUCAGGGACGCCCGGAGGUGGGCCGUGUCCUUUGUGUAAGACCACGCAACUGAACACCGGUUCUGGGGACCCGCCAAAUUUCAACACCUGCACCGAGUGCAAGAACCAAGUGUGCAGCCUGUGUGGAUUCAGCCCCCCGGACUCUGCAGGGAAAGAAUGGCUGUGUCUCAACUGCCAGAUGCAGCGAGCCAUGGGGGGCAUGGACCCCCCCGGAAUGACAAAGCCCAAACAAGGUUCGGUCCCGCCCUCGCCGCAGAAACAGUCUUCGGGCAAGCCUGGCAAGCUUCUCAUCAAGCAGCAAAGCACCACCGACCAAGGGCUGACGCCGCCGACCACCCCGAGGCAGAAAUCCCCGAGCUCCCCGGGACCGCUUUCCCCGGGGUCUUCAUUAGGAGGCUCCCCUAAGAUCGACCCCAAGACCGGACGUCCUAUUCAGCAAAAAGCCAGCCCGCAGCAGUCACCGGCGAAAUCCAAACAGGAGUCCAGCUUCUUUGGGGGGUUGGGUGGUAUCAGUUUUGGGGGUUUGACCGAUUCAGCAAAGCCGGCCGCCGCCUCCUCACAAGCGGCGGAGUCCGUCACCGGGAAACUGUUUGGCGGUUUCGGCGGAUUGAUGGAGUCCGCCAAGCCUCAGGCGGCUCAGAAGCAGGACGAGUCCAUGACCGGGAAGCUCUUUGGAGGUUUCGGGGGUUUGUCGGAGGCGUCGAAACCGCCGGCCGCCGCUUCUCAGAUGUUCAGCUUCGGGUCGUCGCUCUUAAACUCGGCUACCAGUCUCGUUACCGGAGAGGAGGAGAAAGCUGCAGAAUCUCCACCGGCGUCGCCGCCGGACUCGGCGCCUGAUUCUCCCUUCUCCGUUCCCGGUUCUCCUCCUGAUUCGGAUUCUGCACCCGACACUCCACCGGCGAAACCCAAAAAGGCGCCAAGGAUGACAUCCGUCGGGCGAGAAGCGGCUGAUGUGACAUCCGAAACGAAGGAAAAGUGUCCUCUCUGCAACGCGGAGCUGAACGUGGGAUCAUCAUCGGAAGCGGCCAACUGCAGCCUCUGCACCGAGUGCAAGAAGACGGUGUGCAACCUGUGUGGAUUCAAACCCGGCCCACUCUUAGGAGAGAAAGAAUGGCUUUGCCUCAAUUGUCAAACGAGAAGAACCAGUCAGCAGAAUGACGUCCACCCACCGGAGAUGCAGCCAGCUAGUCUCGCUCCCGCUUCCUCCUCCGCCCCCGCUGCUGUAGUUAGCAACCCCGUAGUAGAAGACCAAACCCCACCAGCCCCUGAGACUAAGGUAGAAGAUACACCUGCACCGAUUAUGCAUGAACAUGACAAACUACACUCAGUUAGCAAAGAGCCACAUUCAGAUCAACCACUCGCAGCCGAGGCUAACAUCACAGAGACCGCGGCGGCCGUGGUACCCGAAAUCCAAGAACAGAGCGCUGACAUAGAAAAGUCCGAUGCUGAGGAAAUCUCAGUAGUCGAGCAACAUAAUGCUAACCCAGACACAUCGCCCGCUAUCGAUGAGGGAAAGCCAAGUACCCCUGAGAAGAUGAGGGAGAACCUCCCCGAGGUGCCUAACCCGGGUUGCGACAAGGCGACCGCACCCGCACAGGCAGAAGAAGACACAAAUCCAGCGCUAACUAAUCCACCCGAGCCCAAAACAACCCCUCAGUUGGAGUCAGAAGAACUCCAGAAUGAAUUGCCGGAUUCAACUCGGGUGCCUCCUGCAGAUGAACCCCAGCCGACUCCACAAAAUCAGGCUUCGGAUUGCACCUUGAGCAUGAACCAACCAAAUAUCACCCCAGAAACCGAGGCUGAAAAAGCUGAAAAACCGACUCAAAUUAGCGCAGAACCCGAACCAGCAGUAGCAAUGCCAUCAAGCGAUGAUGCUUCUGUUGGCGUUCUUGUAAAUGAACCUGUGUUAGCUGAAACCGAGGGCCCUGAACACGACAAAAUGAAGGAAACAUCGCAGUCAGAUCCUCCAACAUUCAUAGAAUCAGUCACUAAUCAACCUGACUCUACUGCUCAGCAGAAAAAUCAGGCUGAUGAAUUAGAACUCAAGGUCACGGAAAAUAAGCCACUCCCCGAUACCGCAUCUGUUGAAAAUGCGCCAUUAACUAUGGCUGCCGAUGAGGAAGUAUCCGCGCAAAGUGACGUGAAAAAAACAGCCGAGCCAGAAACAAUAACGGACACUUCCAUCGAAGAAGAAAGAAAUACGGGAAACGAUGAUGAGAAGCCAGGUGUUCAGAUAAAGUGCGAUGACUUUGAAGAGGUUCAUAAAAACCCAGCCGGCGAGGAUAAAACGGAUCAAAUAAGUGCGGUUGAAGAAACAAUGGAGAUGAAGGCAACUGAGCAGAAACUUCUUAAUGAGCCGGCUUGGCCUGAAACACAAUCAGGGAACACUCUUUUAAGUGACAAUAAUAACACUCUUAAUCACGCUGUGCUUAAAGAGGCAGAGCCAGAAAUAGAGAACAGGCCGCCUUCUGCUGACGAGAUCCUCGUUCAAACACACUCAUCCCCAGAGAAGGUAGCAGAGACGCAGAAAGAUGAAGAUAUUUUGCCAGAAGAGCACGAUGACGCUCACAAAGCUGUGGUGGUUCCGGAUUCCGAAGAUUGCGAGAAGGUCAAAACCGAUGAGGGAAUUCAGAGCGAGGACUUGGUUUCUCCCUCGGCUGUCAUUAGUCACAUGCAAGUCAGCGAUAAAACCCUCGAGGAGAAAGCCAUCCCAGACGAAACCACGUCAACAUCAAACAGUAUCUGUGAGAAUUUAGCGAACGAUGCGGAGAAAGCGGUAGAAAUACAGGAAAAAGACAGCGACGCAAACAAAAACAGUGUUGGCUCAUUACCCGUAACAAGCGACAUCCAGGAAUCGAUUUCAAUAUCAGAGCCCAGCGUAGUCGGCGCCACAGAUGGCGCUGCGGAGUUCCAAGCGGAGAAGAACAUGACAUCACAGAACAACACAGUCACAUCAGAUGAAGGUUUGGAAAAUAGCAACGCUUCUGCUGUAGUUGAUUCAGCCCCUCUAGCAGAAACCCAGAUCCUAGACUUGGUAGUCUGUAAGCAGAACACAGAAGACGCUAGUUUGACGGAGAAGAAGGAGGCCCAAGCAGAGCCUCAGGAACCGCAGUGUGAAGGAGAAGCAAUGCAUGAGGUCAUCAAGGUUGAGACCCUGAAGGAACCUCCAAACGUAAUGAAGGAAGGCACUACCACCAGUUCCUCAGAUCUGGCAAAGCUGGAGAGCACAGUCCUGCCCAUUCUCGAGGCGCAAGCAAAGGGCGAUUCGGACAAUCAAACGGACACAUUGAAGACCAGACGUAAAUUGGAGGUCCUUCCUCUGUCACCUGACUCCCCCUGCUCAGAAGACGACAGAGAACUUAGCAAAAGCAACGCAAAGAAAAAGCUUCUGGUGCCGCUGGAUGUCAAGGCAGAUUCUUUGGAUGACAGCAGCGAAAGCUUCGGAAAAGAAAGCCCCAUGUCAGGCGAUGACGAGGACUUCAUCCGCAAACAGAUCAUAGAAAUGAGUGAAAAUGAGGACGCCUCGCCGUCCGAUGAGGAGAACCCAAUCAGGCAAAAAAUCAGAGAGGAUGAGAGGAAAAAAUCGGAGCAGAAGAAACCGUCUCCCGCGGCGAGGAGUGCAUCCGGAAAGACCAAAAGGCUAACCAAAAAGGACUCCAUAAGUCCAAAUGAUGACGAGGAUAAAGAACUGCAAAGGUCUCUGGUUGACGCUCAAGUUUCGGGGGCACCAGAGCCAAAAGAAGCUGAACGUCAACCUGGCACCGCAGUUCGUAUAUUUCCAACGAUGGAGCUGAAUACAACCAGCAGCCGUGUCUGCGUACCCAAUGUCGAUCUGGAACCAGAAAUGGAAAGUCUUACCGACUCACCGGACGAUCGAUCCAAAGGCGAGGGUUCCUCCAGUCUCCACGCAUCCAGCUUUACACCCGGGACGUCCCCGACAUCUUUAUCCUCGCUGGACGAAGACAGCGACAGCAGCAGUCCCGGCCACGUCCGCUCUGGCGAGAGCAAGCAACACCGGAAGGCCAAACACAGACAACCUGGACAGAUGCUCCCGACAAUCGAGGACUCCUCCGAAGAAGAAGAGAUGCGUGAAGAAGAGGAGCUACUCAGGGAGCAGGAAAAACAGAGAGGAUCUGGUAAAAAAUCAAAGAAAGACAAAGAGGAGGUUCGAGGCCAGAAAAGACGUGACCGUUCCAAGACACCGCCGAGCAACCUUUCACCGAUUGAAGAUGCCUCACCAACGGAAGAACUGAGGCAAGAGGCCGAGAUGGAGGAGAUCAGGCGUUCGUCCUGUUCCGAUUUCUCACCCAGUAUCGAAUCAGACCCUGAAGGGUUUGAAAUCCACGCGGCGAAGAUUGCGGCGGUGCAGAAAACAUAUCAGUUACCCACUUCGGUAUCCCUGCAUUCGCCGACAGAAGAUCAAAACGCAGAUAAAUCACCGAAGAAACUGCGAUCUGCCGAUGAAGCUUAUGAGGAGAUCAUGCUGAGGGCGAAGUCCCCUACGGUUGAAAACGUUGAGCUGCAACCAGAAAAGGAGCGUCCUUACGAAAGUGUUCUCAUUGAAGAUUACGCUCUUAUUGAUGUGGGAAACACGGAAAAGAUGAGCGUUCCUGCUCAGCCGAAGAAGCUCAGAUCUCCGGAUGAAGUUUAUGAAGACAUGAUAAAGAAAAGGAAGGAAUUUAUGAAACUAGAACAGGAAUACCAAAACAUGCAACCAAAAAUAGAAACUACAAACCCAGAAAUUGUGUUGCAGCCCGCUGACUGUAUCCCGCCCAAAGUCGGUCAACCGACUCUGGGACAAGACGGAAAACCACUACUGGAUGCUGAAACUGCAUACGAGGAACUCAUGAAAAAAGCCCUGACUCCUGGAACAAGUCCUACUUUACAAGAGACAGUCGGGGAAGCCACCUCGUCAAGAAAGGCUCUCCGUCCGAUCCCAGACUUGAGGGUCACGCAGUGUUCUUCAGGAGAGUUAUCCUCGGAUGAAGAGAGUAUCCUUAAAAAGGACGAGGUCAUAUCAGACACGACAUCAACUGUGGUAACUUCGUCUCUUCCAUCGGAUCCGCAAACACGAACCCCCGUUACCGCAUCCCAGACUGACGUUGUUGACUUAUCCAGUGCCAUUCCAGACCCUGUAACCGCCUUGCCCACAGUCCCUCAGUAUGCGCAAGGUACUCCUAGCAUCGUUUCAACCGCACCACCUGUCCCCCCAAAACCAAGUGUCCUGCGUCGGGGUAAUUCUCAGGAAAAAUCAGAUGUUGAACCGGCACUUCCUUCUGCGACACCACAAAAACCUACAGUCUUUCCCAGGAAACCUCCAGUUCCGCUCCCGCCUCAAGCCAAGCCAGAGACCGUCACCACGGCUUCCCAAGCCAAACAGUCGGUUACGCCGACGUAUAAACCUCAAGUCCCGCCUCCCGUUCCCCCAAAGCCGUCCAUACCUGCUGGGAUCGGCGAAGGUCACAGACCAGCACAUGUCAAACCCCCAAUUGCGCCGAAACCGUCCUCGCAGUCUUCCUCGAUCGCACAUGCCGCACAUUCUCCAAGGCCGACCGUGCUGACCACGGGCUCCUCCGAAAUCGUUUUGAAUCUCAGCCCUUCGUCUGAGAGCAAGCCUUCCCAACCUUCGCCGAAGUCUCCUUCUUCGCCAAGAUACGCCAAGAAUCUCCGCGACACAUACGUGGUCAUCACUCUCCCAUCUCAACCCAGCUCUCCAGUCGACACCGUCUCAACUCAAGCGCCGUCUGACCAUGGUCCGACCGCAGCACACAAAGCUCAGCCGCAAAGUUAUCACCAAACACAGACAGGAUCUCAACCGCAAUCACACCAGCAGUCGGCUUCUGGUCAUACGACUCGAGUGCCUCUAGCCUACACUCGAGUCACAGAAUCCAUUGAGAGCCAGGAGAUAUGCAGCGCGGAAAAACACGUGUCUAGUUCCUGUCACAUCAUCGAGGCUGUGUCGGCGUCGGCACAGGUGCCCGUGGUCACGCCAAACCUCAUUUCUCAAGUAGUUACCACAGAAGUCCAAAGAACCACCGUCUCGGUUGUCCACGAAAGGACGCCGCCGCCUGUGCCAACUCCAAGGGCAAAUGGGGUUCCGAUUUCACUGGCGAAACAAAAAACACCGUUGCCUGCGCAGAACGGACAGACAGCCCUCCCCGCUGAGGUGGUGGAUUUGAGGACUCUGAAAGCGGACGCAGAGUCAGACAUGAACGGGGUGGAUCUGUCUGCCGGUCCAGAUUCGAGACGCCAGUCUCUUGCUGCUGACGUCGCCCGUCAAAGCAGUGCAGUGCAGUCACCUGUCGUGAACCUGAGCGCCGAGUCCUCCACGGUCUCCAUUGUGACUGACAGCAUCACGAUCGUGACCUGCGCCGCCACCAUUCAGAAAUGCGACAGUUUAGAAACCACCCAAGCGUCUUCGAUUCCGCUCCAGCUAACGAAAAACAAAACAUUCGAACCAGUUUCACAAAUUGUGUACCGCUCAGUGGACUCUCAGCCUUUGCCUGUUUCUGGUGAGAUACCCAUUAACCUCACGGUGGGAUCCGGCACAGGCGGCGGAACCUUCCAGACCCCGCCGGUAAUCAUGGCGCCCGACUCUGUCGCCGGUUGUGUUGCGAAUGGAUUAACGACGGGCUCAGCAUCGGUGGCGGGAGCCGUUGAUCUGAGCACUGGGAAACCAUUCAAUACCAUGGUGUCAAUGGACGCCGCCUCCACGGACGUCGUCACCGCGGUGAUCACGGAAGACGACGGCAAGCCAGUGGAUCUGACUGCGGGGAAAAGAGCCGUGUGUUGUGACGUCGUGUACAAGCUCCCCUUCGCAGGGAGCUGCACCGCGCAGCAGCCCACCACGCCUCUGCCUGAAGAUCGUUUCGGUUAUCGCGACGACCACUACCAGUACGACCGCUCGUCGUACGGGAUGAGGGGCUUUGGCGGCAUCAAACCGUCAAUGUCAGACACCAACCUGGCUGAGGCGGGGCUGUUCUUUUACAAGAGUAAGAACAGCUAUAAUUUCAGUGGCACCACAGAAGGUGCGGUAGAUCUUUCCUCUGCAAAGAUGUCUGAUGCAGGUGAAGCAGUGGACUACUCCAAGAAAGGGACAUACGCAGGAAUGACAAUCCCUCCUUAUUCCCAAGCCAGAGUAACAAGUGGCGUCGGACCUCUUUUUGGUACAAGUAGUGUCCUGAGGUCAUCAAACGGGGUGGUUUAUUCCUCCGUUGCUGCACCGGUUCCAUCUACAUAUGCAAUAACAACUCAACCAGGGUCCAUAUUUUGUACGUCAUACAACAGUCAAUCAAGUAUGCACACCAGCGACACCAUGCCUUCGCUGUCGGAUCUCCAGAGUUUACCAUUGACACGAUCGCACAGUUUCCUGUCCACUGUGUCCAUUACUACAUCGGCGGAGCAAGGCGACGCCCCUCUGAACCUCGAGCUAACUAAGGAGGAUGCUAGUGGGAAUUGCGUCACACCAGCGACAACCUCGUUAACCCUUGACACCUACACGGACGCGUCCCUGGAGGCGAUCGCCGCCUCGCUGGAGGCUCUUUCCUCACCCAUGGUUCCAGGCGACGGUCAGUAUCAGGCCGAGCGUGAAAGGCUGGAAAUGGAAAAACUCAAGCAGCAACGCCUGGCCGAAGAGCUGGAAUGGGAACGUCAGGAGAUUCAGCGUUUUCGGGAGCAAGAGCAACUGCUGGUGCAGAAGGAGCUGGAAGAGCUGCAGGUCAUGAAGCAGCAGAUCCUGAGCCAGCAGGAAGAGGAGAGGCAAGCUCACCUCAUGAUGCAAAAGGAAACCUACGCUCAGCAACAGCAGCAGCUUGAGCAAAUUCAAAGACUCCAAGAGCAACUCCGCAUACAGCUGGAAGAGCAAAAGCUUCGUCAGAUGUACCCAGGUGGCGAUAUGGGACUCGGGAACGGUGUCCAAGAGGCCGUGGUCUUGGGUCCUGAUGGCACAGUGCUCUCCAGAAAAAUCACAGAUAGCGGAUGUCAAACGGACGAAGAGGACGAGACGCUAAGCAAAGCGUACACAGCGGGGAGGAAAAAGAAGAGCGUCAAAAAGAGCGUCGACAGUUGCGUUCAGACCGACGAUGAAGAUCAAGAGGAAUGGGAGGCUCAGAGAAGCCGGCAGAACCGUCCGCGCACCGCCAGGGGAGACCGAGGAGGCAAUUCCGAAAUGUCUCUCCAAGCUCACACUGAGAUUUCCAUCCAAACAGACACCGAUGGAAACAUCAUCAUGGACACGAGAAUGGAACUCUCCGACUCGGAGAGGACUUCGCCGAAAAAACGUCUCACCCCCUUGGACAUCAGUCAGUCUAACCUCAAAGCCGAGUCCUCCACGCUCCAGGCCCCGUCUAAGUCUGCCAAUGUUCUCUACUCGCCUUUAUCGCCGUGCAUUUCGCCGAGCAAGUCGCUUGAGUUUGUAUCGUAUGAUAAGUCGCUGGGCGAUAAAAGCCCUCAGAAGCUAAGAGGAAGCAUGGACCCAAUGAACGUCUCUCCAGGAAGUCCAAGGGGACCAAAGCCUAUGCAGAGAUCUAUGUCUGACCCGAAACCCAUGAGUCCGACAGGAGAAGAAAGGGCAACAUCCGGUACCCAAUGUGGCGAAACCGGGAAGGGGUCAGGGGGCACGCCUACCGGCACCCAAAAGAAGGUGAAGAGGACUCUGCCCAACCCCCCCUCAGAGGAUGAGUCCGCAUCCGGUGCACAGACGGCGUAUUCCACCGGUUCCGCUCGCCGAAGAAUGUGCCGCAAUUCAAACAUGGCGCGCGCCAAGAUCCUGCAAGACAUCGACCGUGAGCUCGACCUGGUGGAGCGCGAGUCGUCCAAACUCCGCAAAAGACAAGCGGAGCUGGACGAGGAGGAGAAAGAGAUCGACGCCAAGCUGAGGUACCUGGAAAUGGGAAUCAAUCGGAGGAAAGACGUCCUGCUGAAGGAGCGAGAGAAGAGAGAGAGGGCUUAUUUGCAGAGUGUGGCUGAAGACCGAGAUUAUAUGUCGGAUAGCGAGGUUAGCAACAUCCGAGAGGCUAGAGGCGGACAUGAAGACGGCGAAGAUGAGGAAAUCGACAGCCACGGUCUGGAACGUCCGAGAACGGCACCUCAGUCGGAAUUGGACGACUUUGUCCCACCUCAAACUAAACACGAAUAUGGAAAAUACUCCCAGUACCAAUACUCUCAAGGCCCGUACCAGCAGUCGCUCUACCAGACCCCCCAGUCCUACCAGUCUCAUUCCAUCUACUCGUCGGUCCCCUCGCUCACCAGCUCCCAGCAGCAAAGCUACCAACAGAUGCUCCUGCUGCAGCAGAAGGCCGCCAGGCAAGCCGCUCUCCUGUCAGAACUGGAUUCCACCAAAUACGACGUCAUCAGCCGCCAGCCUGAUCCCGCGUCGUCGCCUUACCUCGGUGUGAAAUACGACAAAUACGGCAACCACCUGGACCUCAGAGCCUUGGAGGUCGGAAGCAUAGCAGACAGCCCCAUGUCCACGGUCUCCGAUUCCUACUACGGCGACCUUGAUCACCACACACCGAGGAGCUACCUUCUCCUGGAAGACGCCGCAGAGCUCGCUACGAGCUCCACGGGUCUGUCCGCGUCUUAUAGUCUCGCCGAAAGAGAAUUAGCCAAAGCGGAGAAGCUGCUCCACCGCAGCGCCGCCGACCUUGGGUCAACUGACUAUCUGGGCUCCACCUCCAGGCUGCACACAUACGGAAAAACCCCAGACGAGGAGGAUCCCAUGGAGGAGCCCUACGAGCUGAAGCUCCUGAAGCAGCAGCUCAAGCAAGAGUUCAGGAGAAGCACAGGCGGGACGGAAAGCUUAGACCCACUGACGGGGCUCUCCCAGCACUACUACACCCCCAGCUCCGGCGUCUCCAGCUACUCCCAAAGACACUAUCCCAAGUCGGAAAAAUACAGCAUCAGUCGACUGACUCUGGAGAAGCAGGCAGCGAAACAACUCCCAGCAUCCAUGUUGUACCAAAAACACAAGACCCCGUUAUUGGAUCCGAAGCUCUCCUCCAAGUAUUCCUCUGUUACUGAAAGCAGAGGUCUGGACUUGGACUAUACCAGUUAUUUGGGUUCCACCAGCGGUUCUUCCCCAAGAUCCAGCCGACUCAUGCAGGAUGAGAUCACCUUCGGUCUUCGUAAGAAUAUCGCAGAGCAGCAAAAAUACUUAGGGUCCACCUUGGGGGCUAACUUGGCUGGUUCGCUAAACCUGGGCCAGAGCUUGGGCUUAGACUCGGCUUAUCCCAGUGGUAGCCGCUCAAGACCGUCAUCAAGGCCCACGUCCUGCUACGGUCUGGACUUGUCCAUCAAAAGAGACCCUUCCAGCUCCUCGCUGAGACUCAAAGGCGACGGCGAAGCCUCCUCGGACGGUUCCAGUUUCCAAACCCCCUCCGGUCGCGCCAAACCCACCAGCCUGCCCAUCGUGCAAAGUGGGCGCGGGAGGAUACCCAUCGUGGCGCAGAACUCUGAGGAAGAGAGCCCCCUGAGCCCGGUCGGGCAGCCCAUGGGCAUGGCCCGCGCUUCGGCCGGACCGCUGCCGCCCAUCUCGGCCGACUCCAGGGACCAGUUUGGGUCUUGCCUGUCGUUGCAGGACUCGCAGCAGCAGCAGCACAUGAGGGAGGAAGCGAGCAGGGGCAGGGGGUAUGUGCUACUGGAUGACCUUCAGGGAACCAUGUCGGAUAGCGAAGCCCUAAGCGAUUCCCUGAUGCCUUUGAGCAGAGACGAUGCGGCCAAGGCCUACCACCUGAGACGAGAGGAGACCGACUGGUUUGACAAGCCCAGGGACGGACGCUUGGAGAAUGGACAGGAGAAAAGACAGGGUAAAGGGCCCUACUACCCCUUCCCUCACCUCAGGGUCAAGCUGCAGAGAGACCCUAAAGACCGCAGUGUCUCAGGGAACGGUCUGGGUAUCCGAGUAGUCGGCGGCAAAGAUGUGCCCGGCAGCAACGGAGACAUCGGCGCCUACGUCGCCAAAGUUCUACCAGGCGGAGCCGCCGAACAAACGGGGAAAAUUCUUGAAGGAAUGCAAGUCCUAGAGUGGAACGGCAUCCCUCUGACGGGGAAAACCUACGAAGAGGUGCAGGUGCUGGUGGGCCACGCGUGUAGCGACGCGGACGUGUGCGUCAGGCUAGAUCUCAACAUGCUGGCAGAGUCUGAAGGAGCCGAGCGCCUGGACUUCCAGGAGCAGAGCAAAACCGAGAGACCGCCCAGAUCUCCAGGUGUGGACCCCAAGCAGCUGGCGGCGGAGCUGCAGAAGGUGUCCCAACAGCAGGCUCCGUCCACCGCCACUGCCGCCUCUACCGCUUCGGCCACAUCCAGCCCCGCCCAGCCGGGGUCGCCGUCAGUCGGCAAGAAACGCCACAGCAGCAAGGCUUCAGAUGGAAGCAAGACCCCCUCGCACCCCGUCACGGGCGACAUCCAGCUUCAAAUCCACUACGACAAGCAGCUGGGCAACCUGAUCGUCCAUGUCCUGCAAGCGCGAAACCUCGCCCCGCGUGACAACAACGGCUACUCGGACCCCUUUGUCAAGGUCUACCUCCUUCCGGGACGAGGUCAGGUCAUGGUUGUCCAGAACGCCAGUGCUGAGAACAAGAGGAGGUCCAAACUUGCGGGCAAGAGCCUGAACCCCGAGUGGAACCAGACGGUCAUCUACAAGAACAUCCACCUGGAGCAGUUGAGGAAGAAGACCCUGGAAGUCAGCGUGUGGGACUACGACAAGUGUUCCUCCAAUGACUUCCUGGGGGAGGUCCUUAUCGACCUGUCCAACACGGCCCAGCUGGACAACGUCCCCCGCUGGCUCCCCCUCAAGCCGCAAACGGAGGGGGACCACCACCGGCGCUCCCACCAGGGCCGACACGGCGCCUCCAAGUCCUCCUCGCAUUCGUCCCCGAAGACCGCGGGCUCCGCCCACGACCAGGACUCCCCGAAGUCGUCGGUGAUCAAGAGCCGAAGCCACGGCAUCUUUCCGGAUCCGGCAAAGGGCCAGCGAGCCGGCCCCCAGAGGCACAGCGUUGCGGGCGUGCUCACCAUUCAGAGAGCUCAGUCUGAUUGGCUGCCCGCCCUCCCGUCGCUGGCGCCGGCCAAUGGGAGCAGAGCAGACGGCCGACACCUGACCCUCAGGAAGGCCGUGUCGGAGGAGAGGCCGACCGUCGCCCGAGCCCGGUCCAGCUACCGAUCAGGAGACGCCCCCCUCACCGCCGCCUCCCUGGACAGCGGCCUGAGUGGCAGCGCCUACAGCCUGCUGGACGAGGACGGGGAGACCAACGAGGUGGAUAGCGCCAUCUUCCAGGUGCCGCGAUUUGGGAAGAUUCCCAACGGCACGGACGGGAUGAAAUCAUCUCUGGCUGGUUCAGAUGGUAAGUCCCAGGUGAUGGGUGAGAUCAAGAUUGCCCUGAAGAAGGAGGUGAGGACGGAGGGAGACCACCUGGUCCUGGAGAUCCUUCAGUGUCGUAACAUCACCUACAAGUUCAAGACUGCAGACCACCUGCCUGAUCUGUACGUGAAGCUCUACGUGGUCAACAUCGCCACCCAGAAGAGGAUCAUCAAGAAGAAGACCAGGGUGUGUCGCCACGAUCGCGAGCCAUCCUUCAACGAGACCUUCCGCUUCUGCAUGAACCCCGCCGGGCACUCCUUACAGCUCUUCCUGGUGUCCAACGGCGGCAAGUUCAUGAAGAAGACGCUGAUCGGCGAGGCGUACGUGUGGCUGGACAAGGUGGACCUUCGCAAGCGUGUGGUCAGCUGGCACAAGCUGCUGGCCAGCACCGCCCAGAUUCACUCCUAGGGCCGCGCCGGGGCUUCCUGUAUGGACGGACACGUUUAGUCAGUUGUGACAGGAAGCGGCGACGCGGGCGACGCGGGCGACGCGGGCGACGGGACGGCCCGAUCGAUCAAGCAGGUACAAGAACACACACGCUAAAUACAGGGACACACACGCGCUCCUUCAUCCCACACGUUUGCCAAUGAUUAUUUAUUUUUCUAUUAUGAUAUUAUGAUAUCAUCCCUUCUUCUGGUCACCAUGUUUCACGCAUACACACACACACACACACUACCUAGCAUUCCACGCCGCGUGUUCACUUUAAACAGAGUUCUAUGAGAUGAUUAGCAUUAUAAUGAAUUGGUCAUUAGUAUGUGUGUGUGUGUGUCAGUCUGGGUCACUGUGUACAUAGAAAAUCCUAUUGUCCAUUUAUCAUAGAUCCAUAUAGUAUAGAUAUAGAAAAGACUAUCUUUAUCACAGACAAUCAGCUCUAGAUGAUUGUUUUUAUUUCUCCGCAACAAAAGCUUUGGUUUUUUCAGCACUUUUUCCUCCUUGAAUGUAAAAUGUGGGAUCCUUCGUCUCCCGGCGGUCCGAUAUUAGCCGGCAAUAUCGCGUGGAAAAGCGACGUCGGAAUAUUUCAUGGUUUGUUCAUGUUGUUUCUAUGCAGUAAGCACCAUAUUCCCACCAGACUGGAACGUCACAUGCGGACCCUUUUUAUGCAUUUUUCUUUUUUUUAAUGUUUUUUUUUUUUAUUGAAUUAGGUAUUAUUUAUUCCCAAUGCGUGCGGGAGUGUUUACAGGUGGUAGUAGGCUUUUUUAUACAUCAUGCUUUUAUGUUAGGAAACUCAGUGAAUUUUUUCCGUUUACAAGAAAAAAAUAUAUAUAUAUAUUCCGAUAAAAGCGCCUAGUCAUUUCCCGGCCUCACUUUGAGCGACGACCAAAAAGACACACUGUUUGUCCCCAUUGUGGUUUUCAAGUCAACGUGGGCGGGUUUUUUUUUUUUAACGACAUGGUUUAAAUCCCGCCACGCGUCGUCGCCUCACAAACACGCGCGUUUAACAACCCAGCCGUGUAAAUACGUCACCUUUUUUUAAAUAAAAAAAAAAAACAAACACCGUUUGUUUGCUAAGUAAGGAGCAACAGUUCCUUCUGUUUUCUGGCUGUAACGCGGCAAACUCACCACACGAGGGCAGUACACAGUCUUCAAUGUGCUCACUCUGGAUGUUGCAUGUUUCGUUGGUGGCUCAUAAUAUUUUUGUGUCCAGAUUACUAUUAGAGGAGAAAAAAAAAGAGAAUGAAGUGUAGAGAAGGAUCUAGAACAAUUGGUUGGGGGGCGCGGGGGUAUUUAUUCAUGAUGAUUAUGAUUAUAUGCUGACUGUACAAAGACGAUGCUCUGCUCUGUCUGUUUUGUUUUCCACUUGUAAGUAAAGAGAACUCUACUGUCUAUUGGUUUUGUGAUUGUAUACAGGAGGUAUUGAUACAUUAUGCAAAUUGUGCUGUAAAAAUGGCUGUUGCCCCCCCCCCAUGUGGAAAUAUAUUAAAUAUGAGUACAAACGAAGCACUGGUGGUGUUUUUUUUUUAAAGGGAAAGGCUUCAAUAUUGUAUUGUUUUGGUGAUAAGGGGACAGUG